ACACAGGCUGUUGUUGUGAACUGCGGCAAGAGCAGUACAAUUGUCACGCGCGUCAGCCCCCCAGUCCACAAGUUGCCCAUUUAUGUGCCUCCGCCAGACAGUGAUACUCGUGUUAACUACACAACCAAAAAAACGGUGUCAACAGAACAUUUCAACGCUGCAGGCAACUUGGAUGUGCAAACCACUCGCCCAAAUGUCAUAUUUCUAAUGCUUGACGCGGUGUCCCACCGCCAGUUCUACCGCCGCCUGCCCAAAUCGGCCCAAGUUUUAAAAUCGAUUCAUCGUCCAGGAACCAACCGGCUCUACGAGUUGUAUCGGUACCACUCAGUAGGAUUCAGCACGGAUAACAACACCAGGGCAAUGUAUACGGGAGAGGUAAUUUCCACUAGGCCCAAUCCGCUGCCGAUAUGGGCGUACUUCCGGGACCGCGGCUACGUAACGGCCCGUGUGGAGACUGGCUGCGAUGACUGGGCCAGGGAGUAUAUUGGCGACAAGUUUUUAUCAGACACAUACUCUGUGGGGAAUCGCAGCUUGGAUUACGAGCUGGCAUCGCCGUUUUGUCUUCCCGAUUACUAUCCCAAUGUUGGCAAUCCAUUUGGAAACUUCAAAGGGCCGUAUUCGAUUACCGCGCGGUGCUUAUACGGCCGCUAUGUGCACGAUUGGGCACUUGAUUACCUGGGCCAGCUCAGGCGAGAGUUCCGCUCAACCCCGACAUUGAAAAAUAAGCAAGGGAAACGGCGCCCCUAUAUGCUGACAGCCACUUUUUUGGAGGGCCACGAGGGCACAGGGGAAGUCCUGGGCACCCUGGACAACUCCUUGUCCUCAUUCCUCGAAGACAUCAGGGAUUCAGGCGAGCUGGAGGACACCCUUUUAAUUAUUGGCGCGGAUCACGGGCUGCACAUGGGUAUAAAUUUUGCAUACACCCAAAACGGACGCAUCGAGCACCAGAAUCCCUUCAUGACUAUGUCUGUUCCCGAGUGGCUGUACCAGUUUGCCGAAAAAUAUCAGCACAAUUAUGCUUCUGAAAAUGUUUCUCCGUUUAGUGCCAACGAGCAGCGUUUGACUACACCGUUCGAAAUACACCACACGUUCCGAGUCAUGGCGGAUUGGCCACAGUUUAAUAUUGACAGCUGGAAACGCUCUUUGUUUGCUGCGCAGCAACCUGGAAGAACGUGCAAAGACGCUGGGAUUGGCGAAAGCUUUUGCAUGUGUAGACAUUGAUGCUGUU